AUGGCUGGAAAGUUCGAACCCAAGGUCCCUGUCAACCUGGCUCCCCCCAAGGACGACCCCAUCACCCUUGAGGAGUUGGCAAAGGCUGAUGGCUCAGACCCCAAUGGAAAGACGUACGUUGCUAUCAAGGGUAUCGUCUAUGACGUGACGGGCAACAAGGCAUACCAACCAGGAGGUUCUUACAAUGGACCCGAAAUUGACGCUCAAGGAGUCUUCGCUGGAAAGGAUGCUUCCCGCGCCCUCGGGAUGACCUCAACAAAGGCCGAGGAUGUCAGCUCCGAGUGGCAAGAUCUCCCCGAUAAGGAAAAGGGCGUCCUCAACGACUGGAUUACCUUCUUCUCCAAGCGGUACAACGUCGUAGGCCGUGUUGCCGGAGCUACAAACACAGAGUGA